AUGGCCAGGGCGCUGGGAAGCUCCAAGGCGAAGGCCUCCCAGUCGCUGGGUGAGCUCGGGAGUGUGACGGGAGAGUGUGGCAAGUCGCCCAACUGCACUGAUCACAAGGUCGUCUACGAUAAGAACAUCGCCGAAAUCCCCGCCACCCAGAAAGCUGGCGUCACCGGGGUCUAUUUCGUGGGCAGCCGGAUUUCCACUAUCCCCGACCGAGCCUUCAUCAACAGUCCGCAGCUGGAGAUUCUGGACUUCCUCGACAUGCCCAUCGUGUCCAUCGAAACGCACGCCUUCGAAGGUUUGGGCAGGCUGAGGUUAAUCGAAAUUUCCACUACGAAUCUGACGUUGUUGCCCCUGGGCGUGUUUCAGAACCUGCCGAGCCUCGAGAAGCUGAUUCUCAAACUCAACAAAAUCCAGAAGCUUGAGAAGGGACUGUUUGGUGGCCUGAUGCUGAAAGAGCUCCAUCUUCACACCAAUGCAAUCGCCUCGAUCGACGAGGGGAUUUUCGAUCAGCUUGAAAACCUUACAUUGCUCCACCUGGCUAAGAAUAAAAUAUCCUCUGUCUCCACGGCACUGUUCGCAAAACUCAUUAAAUUGCAGAAGCUCAGACUCUACGAGAAUGGCAUCAGUGCCAUUCCUCCUGGGAUCUUCGAUGAUCUACCGGAUCUGAAAGAAAUCGCCUUACAGGGCAACAAGAUAACAGAGAUACCACCGCAUUUAUUUUCAAAAAAUACCAAUUUGGAAACAUUAUCUUUAGAGAACAAUCUUUUGUCUGAAUUGCCUUCUGAAAUUUUUGUGGGACUUCCUAACAUGAAAUAUUUGACCCUUCAGCAGAAUCAAAUAGCCAGCCUGCCUCCCAUGCUCUUUGGCGAAAUGCUUAGACUGUAUGAACUGAAUCUCAACGGGAACAAUCUCACUGUCCUUCCUGCAGGAGUAUUCAGUCCCUUAAAAAAACUCAGCAAGCUUGACUUAUCGCAGAACAAGUUUACCUCUUUGUCCGAGGAAUAUUUUGAAGGCCUUGUGAGACUUGCAGAAUUGAAUCUACAGAAAAACAUGAUUGAGUCAUUAAAACCGAAAUACUUUGAACGACUGACAGAGCUGCGUACCCUCCGGCUGGCACAUAACAAACUGAGAACUCUUCCUGAAGGGAUAUUUGACUCUUUACCAAAACUUAGCAGGGUAUAUCUGAACAACAACCCCUGGCACUGUGACUGCAGGCUGAUAUCGUUCUAUAACUGGAUGAAAGCGAACACAAAAAAGAUCAAGUCCUCCCCGCCAGAGACUUGUGAAUCUCCUGGAAAUUUGAAAGGACAAGAAGUCAUGUCUCUCACAGAAGAUCAGCUGAUAUGCCCAACCACUCCUGCACUACUGUGCCUCUCACCACAACAACCAGCACUACUGUUGCCAUGACAACAGAAUUACCCACAACAACCGUCCACAUGACCACACCACCCCCCAAGCAACAACCGCCUUGCCCACCACCACUACUCUGUCUACCCAGACACCUACCACCAUAAUAAUAACAA